GACUCCAGAAUUUGUCUGUUCUCUGGGGUGGAAUCUGUCAAGCCUCGAGAGAAGUCUGUGUCUGCCGUGCUGGGCUGUCAGAGCCAACCUGCUCUCUCCAGGAGGUGAUGGGGAUCCCCUCAUUCCUAGCCCUCCCUGCUGCCAGGAGUGACCGAGCUGACUGCACAUCCUGCCAUCCUUUGGGCCACAUGCUACUGUGGACGGCUCUGCUAUUCCUGGCUCCUGUUGUUGGGAAACCUGCAGGUCUCCCGAAGGCUGUGGUGAACAUUCAGCCUGCGUGGAUCAAUGUGCUCAAGGAGGAUGACGUGACGCUGAUGUGUCAGGGGACCAACUUGUAUGACGGCAACCUCACCCUGUGGUUCCAUGAUGGGAGCUCCAUCCAGAGCCAGAACCAGCCCAGCUAUAGCUUUAAGGCCAGCAGCAAUGACAGCGGAGACUACAGGUGUCAGAGAGAGCAGACCAGCCUCAGCGACCCUGUGCAUCUGGAUGUGAUUUCCGACUGGCUGCUGCUCCAGACCCCUAGCCUCGUGUUCCAGGAAGGGGAGCCCAUCGUGCUGAGGUGCCACAGCUGGAAAAACAGCCCUCUGAAUAAGGUCAUAUUCUUCCAGAAUGGAAAAUCCAAGAUGUUUUCCUAUCUGCGUUCCAACUUCUCUAUCCCACAAGCAAACCUCAGUCACAGUGGCGAGUACCACUGCACGGGAUUUAUCGGGCGGGCACUGCACUCAUCACAGCCUGUGACCAUCACUGUCCAAGGUCCGGCAAUUCUAUUCAUCGUUCCACCUUGGUAUCAAAUCACUUUCUGCCUGGUGAUGGGGCUCCUUUUUGCAGUGGAUACAGAGCUGUAUUUUUCUGUGCAGAGAGACCUUCAAAGCUCAGUGGGAGACUGGAAGAACUGCAAAGUCAGAUGGAGCCAAGGCCCUCAGGAUAAAUGACCCCUCAUCCCACGGUGUAACAGCAGUGGCAGGAGACUCUCUUCAGGCCAUAACUUUCCUCUUCCCCUGGCCCCACCUUGACAGCAACGUGGGCUCAGGAGCUUCCAGGGAAAGAAAAGGCCUGUGAUCUCUAGAGCUAAAAUCCUAAUAGGCCCUACCUUCACUGAUUUCCCUAAGGCCAAGGCACAGUCACAGCCCACCCAGCUCUACAAGGACUCAGAGCAAAUGUGUUUUCACAGAUCCUUGACAGAGGUUCCUCAAAUAUAUGAAACCUCAGGAAAUCCUGCUUCUCCUUUCAAAAUAAAUCCAACAAUCUGAACACUUCUCAGUACUCUACUACUAGCAUCUUGGUCCAUGCCACCAUCAUCUCACGUGAAUUACUGCAGCAGCCUCCUGACUGCUCUCCCUGCACUCACCCAUGACACCCGACAGUCCAUUCUCACCAUAACAGCGAAUGUGUGUUGUAUCUGUCACUUCUUUUCUUGAAGCCAUGCAAUUGCUUCCCUCUUGCAUUUAAGGUAAUAGCUAAAGCCUUUGUAAUGUUCUACAAGGCACUACAUGAUCUUGCUCCUCAGUGCCUCUCUAACCUCAUCUACUGCUCUCCUUUGCUUCCUUGAACUCUUCAGUUAUACUUCUGCUACAGGUUUAUAUGUUAUUUACUGUUUCUGAAAUGUUCAUUCUUACAGAUAUCUACAUCAUGCUUCAUCAUGGUCUUUACUCAAAUACCACCUUAUCAGUGAGGUCUCCUUGAUCAUUCGGUAUAACCCCACUCCUCCACCAUCUCCUAAUCCCGCUCUCCUGCUUUAUUUUCCCCAUUGUACUCAUCACCAACUGGAGUACCAUAUGUUCACUUCUUUAAUUGUUUACUGCUGUAUUUUUUCCCUAUUGUAUGUAUCACCAACUGACUACCCCCUCUCCCAUUAGAAUAUGCUCCAGGAGAGCAGGGCCUUUGUCUGUUUUGUUCACUACCAUAUACUUAGAGUCAAGGUCAAUGUCUGGCACUUGAUAAAGCACUCAAUACCUAUUUGUGGAAUGGGUAAAUUCUUUAGCAUUUGAAAUUAGAGACUUUUUUUUAGGUACAUCUACUGCAUCUUCCCAGAAGCAGAGGUCCAAUUCAAUACUAUCGAACACCCUAUUAGAUACUACCCAAUAUAUACCACUAGUACAUGCAUUUCAGCUUUGACUAUAUUUGCCUAAACUCAGUAUUAUUUACUUUCACCCAUCACAUCUUUUAAAGUAGUAUAUCAGUUGGACCUACUUCCCUUUAAUUGAAUUGACUUCCUAAGCCUGUAGCAUAGCAUUGUGAAAAGCAUACUGAAAAAGAGAGCCAAACAACCUGGAUUUGUGUUUCAUUUCUACAUUUGCUAGCUGGUUUGUCUUGAAGAAUUCAUUUAACUACUUUAUGAAUUAGAUUCUUCUUCUGUAAAAUGGUAAUAUCUGUAUCUCCCUCCCCAGGGAUAUCGUGUGAGGUUAAAGUGUAACAACAUAUAUGGAAGCAUAAUGUCUUUGGAACAUAAUCGGCGUUUAAUAAAUGCUCAUGGAAUCUGAUGUCUUUGGAGCACACUAUUUGGCUGGCACUUUCUCCUUAAAUAAAUAAGAUUGCUUUUACUAUAGUAACUGAAAAAAAAGGUAAGA